AUGAAGAGCAGACUGAAAUUCUCUGAUGAUUCCCAUAGGGAGAAGGUGUGGUCACCAGAAAUGGUAUUCUACUAUAUGAACCUACUUUUGGACGAGUACAACACAGGAACACGAUUCGUGCUCUUUAGAGCGCGCGACAGCUAUGGCCCCAAAACCAGACAUCCGGAGCUCACGUUCCAUCCCUUUCUAUGGGCAGGUGAUUGGCACCUGGCGGUCGGUUUCCACGAAAGCCAGAAAAUCGUCCUGGUAAACUGCUCUGAAGUGUACAAAGAGUCUGAUGCGGGAUUCCCCCUGCGAUCUGUGCUUAAAAUUGAGGACUUUGUGAUCUAUUUUGGCCACAAGGUGAACAAGUCCACCCUGAAAAAACCAUACAGAGUGGCAAACUUUAUUGAGCCACUGUGUCCAAUCAACGCAAUAAACAUGCUCUCGCUUGUUUUCACGUUCUGUGUUUCGCCUACACACUUGAAAGAAAUGUUUAUCUCCCCGGAUCCUGAGCUUCGAACCUUCGAUGUGUCUGAAUUUUACGAGGAGAUCAAGAACUUUGAUCGUUUCGGCAAUGCCAGACAUAUUUUGGGAAACUCGCUGAUGAACAAGCUUGUAGAGAAGAGCCAAACAAAGUCGGAACCGGAUCCCGAAAUUCUCGCGAGAUUCGAUCCAGAAACUGCCGAUUUCAGCAAGUAUUUCCCUCUCAAGACGGCCGAACACUUUUUGGAGAGCAUCAACGCGGGAGCCGAUCAGCUGCCUGAGGAUGCCGACGUUUUCGAUGAGGUGGUGGAAAUGAUUGAAGGCUGGUGCCACGUGGACAACCAUACUGGCUUUGACAAUUGGAGCAUGCUUUUCAGAGAAAUUACUGUCGGAUAUUUUAAUUCAAGAAGCAAAAUCGAGUUCGACGAGGAGGAGUUCCAGGAGGUCCUUUUGAGCGCAGACCACCGGAGCCAGGUGUUUCCGCUUGUGCUGGAAAACGGCUCCAGCUACUUGAUCAACACAGAUAGGACAAAAGAACAGCUGGUGGUCAACGUGCUUGAAAUAUCAUUCAGGUCGCGGGGAGCAAAGGAUGUGUGCAGGCCCUUUGCCGUGCGGCGUUUGAUUGAGAUGUAUGGCUGGCACAACCGCAGGCUGGUGAACAAAAUCAACAUGGACAGGUAUUCAGUCCAGGGUUCGAAGUUGUACCAUGUUUUAUCGGGCUUCCUCUAUUUUAUUCACUAUUUUAUUUACCACGGCAAAUUUGACGUGCACCUCAAACCAGAUCAAAUGGAUAUUGACAGCCACAGCAUUGUGUUUCAGUCCAUGAUGCACAAGAUAGUUGCCAAAGACAAGCCGGGGGUCAUUGAGGACUAUUCGAGGCUGAUAAAAUAUAUAGAAGUGUAA